ACAAAAAGGAGAGUGAAGAGCCAAUUCUGAAGGAUCCGAUUCAAAUGGCUCCGAGAUCCGAUUCACAAAACCUAGCUACCGGCUCCGGCGCCGGAUCCGCCACAUCUGAUGAAUCCUCAAUCGAUCCGAUCUUUCACAUUCUCCGUAUCAUCCCAUUCUCCUUCCUCCGUCCGCCACGUCUUCGUCUCAAGCUCCCUUCCUUCACACUCCCAUCGCCGAUGACUGUAUUCUCACUCAUCCUCCUCACAUACUUCCUCGUCAUCUCUGGAUUCAUCUACGACGUGAUUGUCGAGCCACCAGGUAUCGGUUCAACCCAGGAUCCCAUCACCGGUUCAGUACGACCCGUCGUAUUCAUGCCGGGUCGUGUCAAUGGGCAAUACAUCAUAGAAGGUCUAUCCUCGGGGUUCAUGUUCGUGCUCGGUGGGAUUGGGAUCAUAAUGAUGGAUCUGGCAUUGGAUAAGAAUCGAGCUAAGAGUGUUAAAUCAUCUUAUGCUACCGCUGGGAUCUCAUCUAUUGUGAUUGCUUAUGUUAUGGGUAUGCUCUUCAUUCGCAUUAAGAUCCCUGGCUAUCUCCGUUAGAGGGUUUAGAUUGCUUUCACCUUUUUUGUUAUGUAAUUGGAUCUUUAGUUUAAGACUGAUCACUGGAAAAAAAAUGUGACUUUUUUUUUGGGUGUGAUUUCUAUAAGUUUAUGUGUUUCUUGUUUGAUAAUGAGAAUUUCAGACAUGAAUGUUAGUAAUCUGAAGCUGCAUUGGUUUGAUU